AGAAUGCAGUUUACUCAUUGCAUAUAAUUAGCUAAUUCUGUCGGCACAUUUAAAUAUAGAGUUUGUGUAAUAAUUCCAUAACAAUCGUUAUAAAUAGUGUUUUAAUUGAAAAUAACGAAUAUUAUAUUAUUUUAUUGAUCGUCAAUUCCCGGGUGGGCCAAUAAUUCGCUACUGCGCAGGACCAACAAUUGUCCUUUUACGUCUCUUAUCUGUGUUUGUGAAAGAUAAAAAUGGGUAAAGAAAAGACACACAUCAACAUCGUCGUAAUCGGCCAUGUCGAUUCUGGUAAGUCUACAACAACGGGGCACCUGAUUUACAAAUGUGGAGGCAUCGAUAAACGAACAAUAGAAAAAUUUGAAAAGGAAGCCCAAGAAAUGGGCAAGGGCUCAUUCAAAUAUGCUUGGGUGUUGGAUAAGCUGAAAGCUGAACGUGAAAGAGGUAUUACAAUCGACAUUGCACUUUGGAAGUUUGAGACAGCUAAGUACUACGUCACAAUUAUUGAUGCUCCUGGGCACAGAGAUUUUAUCAAGAACAUGAUUACUGGUACUUCUCAAGCUGAUUGCGCUGUGCUUAUAGUAGCUGCAGGUACAGGUGAAUUUGAGGCUGGCAUUUCCAAAAAUGGUCAGACUCGUGAGCAUGCUUUGCUUGCUUUUACACUUGGUGUAAAACAGUUGAUAGUGGGCGUGAACAAGAUGGAUUCGACAGAGCCACCUUACAGUGAAUCUAGAUUUGAGGAAAUCAAGAAGGAAGUUUCUUCUUACAUAAAAAAAAUUGGCUAUAACCCAGCAUCUGUUGCUUUUGUUCCCAUUUCGGGUUGGAAUGGAGAUAACAUGUUGGAAGUUUCUGAAAAAAUGCCAUGGUUCAAGGGUUGGACAGUGGAACGUAAAGAAGGCAAAGCUGAAGGUCGUUGUUUGAUUGAAGCUUUGGAUGCUAUAAUGCCACCUUCACGUCCGACUGAAAAGCCUCUUCGUCUGCCACUGCAAGAUGUUUACAAAAUUGGUGGAAUUGGUACUGUGCCAGUUGGAAGAGUAGAAACUGGUGUUUUGAAACCAGGAAUGGUGGUUGUGUUUGCCCCAGCAAACAUAACUACUGAGGUGAAGUCUGUCGAGAUGCAUCAUGAGGCAUUGCAAGAAGCAGUCCCAGGAGAUAAUGUGGGAUUCAAUGUGAAAAACGUUUCUGUCAAAGAACUUCGUCGUGGUUAUGUAGCUGGAGAUUCCAAAAAUAAUCCUCCAAAAGGAGCAGCAGAUUUCAUUGCUCAGGUGAUUGUUUUAAAUCAUCCUGGACAAAUUUCUAACGGAUACACUCCUGUGCUUGAUUGUCACACCGCUCACAUUGCUUGUAAAUUUGCUGAAAUCAAAGAAAAAUGUGAUAGACGUACAGGAAAAACCACUGAAGAAAAUCCAAAAGCCAUUAAAUCUGGUGAUGCCGCUAUUGUUAAUUUGAUUCCAUCUAAACCCAUGUGUGUUGAAUCAUUCUCGGAAUAUCCUCCUUUGGGAAGAUUUGCUGUAAGAGACAUGCGUCAGACAGUUGCUGUUGGCGUAAUCAAGAGUGUGAACUUCAAAGAGUCCACUACGGGUAAAGUCACAAAGGCCGCAGAGAAAGCCCAAAAGAAGAAAUAACUAGAGAGACUCCUUGUAAAAGCCAUCAUCACGAAGCUUCUUACCAAACCCACUAAUAUAAUGUUAUAUCUUCAUCAGAAUUUCGAAAUAUUGAUUUUAUUGAUUCAAGAGCAAUUAGAAAUAGUAUCUUUGGUAUUCUCCAAUGUUUGGACAGCUCAUAGCAGUAUUAUUUGUCACAAAACACUUUUUAAUAUGAUUGUAAUACCCCAUAUGAUAUUUGUCAACUGUUUCUAUUCAUGUGUGAAUGCUUUAAAAUCUUUUUUAAUUUUUUGUUGUAUGUGUAAUGAAAUUAAUUUUGUGUCAGAGGAUAGUAAUGGAACGGAUACGAAUUGUAAAGAAAGCUUAAGAAUGUAUAUUCAUCGAAAGGCAUUUCGAAGAAAAAAGCAUAUAUUGGAAAAGAAUUUUAUUAAUGUGUAUUUAUUAACUUUACCAAGUUUCA